GUGGUGUUUUCCCGCCAUUACUCGCCUCUGUUGGGUGUUAUGUUGUGGUCGUCUACACCUUGGUGUCUGUUUGAGCCGUGAUGAGUGUGUGUUGGUGCUGACCUGUCGACCUCGCCCACGGUAGUCAAUGUCAGAGUGUGAGCAGCUGUUUCGGGGCGGUAGUUCAGCCGACGUCUUCGAGAUGAACGGCGCCAAGAUAACCCCGGCAUUCCAAGGCAAAUUGGAAGCUCAACAAAAAUUAAAAAAUUGCUUCAAAGAGUUCCACGAAUCGUUUAUCAAGACUAAGCAAGCCUUCCUUGUAUUCAAAACGAAAAGUUUCUUCUAUCCAGAUCAAGAAUUCACCAAAACAUUUACCAAGUCAAUUAAACAAAUUGAAAUUGAGGUGAAAGAAAUGGGUAGCAGCUUUAGCAGAUUGACUGGAUAUGAGUCUGGAAUUGCCAAUACUAAAAAGACAGCUGCAAACUCUGUGGAAGAAGUCAAAACUGAGAAUCCUGAACUUCACAAUAGUUCAGAUCGUCUUUUCCCUGCGCCAGCAGAUGUGUUAGUGAAGGCUAAUGAGGAUGAGAGCAUUACUCCACCAGUGUCUGAGGCAGGCAACGAUGAUGAAGCACCAACAUCGGCAAAUGUCCCAGAAGGGAAAACUAAAUCAAAUUUAUCAGAGAAGAAAAGAACUUAUCAAAAGCAGGCACAAGAGAAAUAUAGUUUAUCAAAGAGACGGAGGAGGAGCCUGAUGAAUGACUAUGCCGAGACGUCAAAAGAUAAACAUGAACUGAAAGAUGGUGCAAAGGAAUCGAAUGUAAAAGAGGAGACAGAAUACGAGGUGGAAAAUAUUAUUGAUUUCAAAAAAUGUCAGGGACAGUAUUUUUAUAAAGUGUGUUGGCGUGGCUAUGAUCCAAAAGAUAGCUCAUGGGAACCUUCUUCAAAUUUGACUGGAUGUGAAGAUUUGCUAUUAGAAUUUUAUAAAUCAAGAUUAAAAGAACAAGAAAUAACUGAAACUAAUGAAUUGAAUUAUCAGGUGAUGCCACAUGAUCCUCACAACUGGCAUCUUAUUCAAAAGGCCCUGUUUUCACACAUAAGUAAACCAAGCCAGAAGGACUAUCAGGAGGGUAUAGCAAUUUUGGUAUCGUCAAAAUUGCCUGCACCGAAGACACAGAAGGAAAUAAAAGAGGUGGCAGAUAAAGCUCUUGCUGUGAGGAAGAAGGACAAAUAUCAUGCACUUCUCAAAACACUGGUGGUGGAUUCCAUCAUGAAGGAAUUAGGGGGCAAGCGUGAAAAUCAGCUGGCACAACUUCGUACCUGGGAGCGCAACAUGAACAGGAUCUGCUCUGAUCCUGCAAAACUCAUUGUAGAAAAUCAUGUUGAUUUAGAACUUCCACCCAUGGACUUCAUUUACAUUAAUGAAUGUAUAGCUGGUGAAGGAGUGACAAUACCAUCAGACCCAGUUGUUGGAUGUGAGUGUACCGACUGUGCUACUGACCACAAGUCUUGCUGUCCAAACCAGAUGACCUCGUGGCUGGCAUACAAUAAGCAGGGCAGACUCAAGGUGUCAUUGGGAACUCCAAUUUAUGAAUGCAAUAAACUCUGUAAGUGUGGCCCUAGCUGUAUAAACAGAGUGGUGCAAAAGGGAAGGAAUAUCAGCCUGUGUAUCUUCCGCACUGCCAAUGGACGUGGCUGGGGUGUGAAAGCAAUGGAGAAUAUUAAAAAGGACUCCCUAGUCACAGAAUAUGUUGGAGAAAUCAUCACAUCUGAUGAAGCAGAGCGCCGGGGAAAGAUUUAUGAUGCUCAAGGUUGUACUUACUUGUUUGACCUGGAUUAUGAUAAAGGUGACCAAAAUCUAUACACUAUUGAUGCUGCAAAGUGUGGUAAUGUGUCUCACUUUAUCAACCAUUCUUGUGACCCCAACCUGGUUGUUUUCAACGUUUGGGUGAACUGCCUUGAUCCAGACCUUCCUAGACUGGCAUUAUUUGCAACUCGAGAUAUCAAAAAAUGGGAGGAAUUGACAUUUGAUUAUAACUCAGGAUUGAACUCGUCUCAGAUGGCAAGCAGAUUUUCUCAUUCAUCAGAGAAAAAGGCCCCCUUCACUCCCGAGAAAAGCAACAGGACAGUACCCUCCUCCGAGUUAAUACUGAAGACACCCAAAGGAAACAGAGGCCUCCAGUAUGGCAAGACAGAGUGUCAUUGUGGUUCUGCCAAUUGUCGAAAAUAUUUCUUUUAAACCUCUCUUAUCCAAUCGUGACUGCUGACUUUCAACACUAAAGGCCACAGCAGGACAGUUUUAUCACCGAAAGAAUUACAAGUGGCAAUAUUCAUAGGGCUGAACUGACAUAACCGUUCUAAAGAUUCUUUCUGUGGUUUAGUGCAAAUAAAAUUAUUGUUUUGUCUUUUCAGAUUCACUGUUAUCAAACUGUAACUGCAGAUCUAAUAAAUAGUUAAAUCUGAUUUCACAAAAUGUUUCCAUUGUUCUUCUUUAUUAAGUUGUUACUUAGGAUCUGUUGCCCUUAAAAUAUUUACUGUACUGUGCCAUUCUUAAUUUUCACUGGGUGAAUGACAUACUUUUUUAUUAAAAGCAUUCUAAAGUUAAUUCUUAUUGUAGCAAGUAAUUGAUCCUGAAGAGAGAUUCUACAGUAUAGUAAUAUAUUUAUCCAUGUUUUAUGAACAAGUUCGUUGUUUGCAUCAUUGGUAAAUUCUCAGUGUUUGUGUAUACUGUAUGUAUGAUUGUUUAUGUAGUCAUCUUCUCUAAAACUGGUCUCUUCAGAGCACUGAAAUAUGUACAAGCGGUUCAUGUCACAUGAACUAAUGAGCUGGUAAGACUGGGUAAGUAUGAUUUAUCAGUGGAAUUGUUCCUUAGUAUGGAUAUAGAGUACCAACUUGCUUUUGUUUGAUGUUUUGUCACCAUCUGUGAUGCUUUAAAGUGGGGAUUUUAUUUAUUUAUUUAUUUAUUAUUUGUUUAUUUCCAAUAUUUUGAUGUUAAACAAUUUGUUAAAUUUGCACACUCCUCAACAAAAACUUAUUAGUUUGACAUUUUAUUGCUAAAUGUGUAAAAUAAGUGCUCUUGGACAUGCACACAUUCAGUUCAAAACAGAACUACAAUUUAGAGUUUAAUUCUUGUAUGAUUCAUCAUACAGUAUAAAAAGAAAUCUAUGCUUCACCUAGGAAGGUAGCAUUAAUCACUCGGUUGAGGAUUAAAUUGUCCCAAUAUUCAAGAUUUAAUGUCAAUCCCAUGCUGUAGUUGUAAAAUUUCAAUAAAUGGUUUAGGACAUUUGCUCCAUCAUCACUUUUAUUUCUUCGUUCACGAAGAAUUGGAUUAUCUUUAAAUAUUUAAUUUGCGCUAUGAAGUCGCCUCACUAUGGUGGUUAUCCAAACAGCACUGUGAUAGUAUUGGUUGGUUAAAUUACUUUUCUUGAAUUCACAUAACUGUAUGUAUGUUUGGCCUUAGUAUUCUCCUCUCUGUUUGUUGUCGUUCUGCCUCCUUUUCCUCUUGUAUCUACUUUUCUUCCACUGGGAGUAAUGUUAAAUAAUUUCACCAGUAAAACUCAAGAGACUGGUGAAUGGCGCUGACUUGUCAUAAUGUUGACUUUAUUACAAGCUAUAAAAUUCUGUUAUUCUUAUUCUCAGAUAUAAGUGCAUUUUAUCAAUGAAUUAUAUUUUUUGCAAACUGCAUCUCUCUCCAGAAAUGUAAAAUGUAAAGUUAUAUGCAAUUACUUUUCUUUUUUUUGCUGUAUUGUGGUAAAUGUACUUCUGGGCGUUCUUUUUAUUAUUUCAUUUUAAAGAGACUUUAGUUUGCAGUUGAUUUCUGCUUUGUUUUAUUGAAUAUGAGUCUUUGUGAUUAGCCAUAUAAAAUGUGUGAGUAAUGUUAUUUAAAGUCCUGCUAAUAUUUGUGUAUACUGUGCAAGUUUCGAAUUCAUUAUUCGGUACAGAAGUUUAGUUACACUAGUGAUUUAUGCUAAAGGUAUCGACUGUUAUGGUAUUAUAUAUACUAAGUAAUUUUAUGUGAUCUUGGACAACUUGCAAAAUAUAUUAGAUGUACCAGAGAACUAAAAUGUAAUAAAUUAUUACACGUGUACAAUAAUGCAAAUCAACUCCGAAAUAUUUGAUUAAGCCUUCUACCUUGCUCAUGUUUGCUGCAAGAAUUACCUUCGGUUGUAGAUAUAUUAAUUUUCAGGUGUGUAUCUCAUAUAUAACCAAAUGGACUUUAGUAUCAUCUACAAUUGUGGCAAGUCUUGGUUGGCAAUUAACAUUAAACUGUGUGUGUAUUUGGCAAAUAUUUACUGAUCUAAUGCCUGAUUUUUUUUUAAUCUUAAAGAUCAAGAUUUUGUAGGAGCACUUGUAUUCAUUUAUUAAACUCUCAGUUGUUGUUAGGCUCUAGUUGAUUUGUUCAUUUGCAAGAACAGUUUUUUCUUCAUUAAAUGUGAAAAAUGGGCAACAAUGAAGCCUGGCCCCUGGCUGGGAGUAGUAGACCUCCCAGAACCCUCUCCAGAUAUCUCGAAGUAAUAGUUGUCAGUUAUUUGUGUCACUAGUCCUUGGUCCCUUUAUAUGUGGUCUCAUGUAGAGUCUUCCAAAUAGUUUAUACCACCUUGAUAAGUUAGAUUUUCAGAAAACCAUUGUAAUGUGCUGAAGAAUCCUUAAUUUCUUUUAUUAUUAACUUCAGAAAAAAGUCGGCAGUUCUGAAACUAAAAUUAGAGACUAAGGAUUGCCUUAGCAAUUAUAUGCAUAUAAUUUUUUAUUAUAUUUUUUUUAAGUAGCUGAAUGGAAAAUGCAAUGGCUGAAAAUUUGAUAAAUCAGCAAAUAGUGCUGAAUUGGGAGUAUUCCACAAAAGAAUUACAAAUGGGAGCUAGGCUCGUUCUUAUUGUUGUAUUUAGUACUCAAGUUAUUUAGCAAAUUAUCGAGUGAAAAUAAAGUGCAGCAGGUAUAAAAAAUAAAAAAAAAAUCCAUUGUAACUAAAUUAUUGACCAUUGGAAGUCCAUUCAGUGCAGCCAUUUAAUACUUUGGUUUAGCCGCUGUGAUUAUUUAUUUUUUGUUAUACAAAUUCAUCAGUUGGGAUUUUUUUUAUACAACAAGUGUACCCUUUGAAAAUGCCUACUGGUCAGUGAACGAGAACGAAUAUAUUCUGAAGAAAUGUGCUAUAUAUUUAAAAUUUUCAUUCCCUUCUGAUAUUUUGUAUAUUUGUAAAUAAAAGAUUGUCUUAAAAA